UAUCAAUACCACUAUAACAUUAAAGUAGGAAAACCUAUCAUAUGUUUAGGCAAAUGGAUGGGUGUUUGUCACACAAGCGAUAUGUUGCCAGCCUUUGGUCACCCUUUCCUUAUGCCCAUCGACUAUAUAGACCGCGAAAAGGAUAUAUCGGUAAAAAUGAUGGACUCUUUCAUCAGUUUUAUAAGAACGGGUAACCCUGGUGUUAUGGACGGCGCUCAAUGGCCGCACUACUACACAAUGGGAGACAAUAUAGUAGAGCCGUAUUAUGAGUACACAAAUACAUCGAAAGCUGCCACUAAUUUUUACUUUGGAUUAAAGCAUUAUGAAUGCAAUUAUCUGUGGAAUAAACAUAAUUUU